UUUCAAAUCAAGAUAAUGAAAACCUAAGUAAUUGUGAGAAUGGAGUGGCAGUGGUUAAAAGAUUGGUGGAGGCUUAAAAGAUGGAGAAGCAAGAAGAAAAAGGAGGAUAAUGAUGAUGAAUUUUGUUAUUGUGAUGAGUGUUUGCCUGAUGGCGAGUUAGAUUUGUGCGAUUCCCUGGAUCCGCAAUGCGACGGUGGGGGCAAGAAAGUGGUGGUCGGCGUCUGCGCCAUGGCCAAGAAGUCGCAAUCGAAACCGAUGAAGGAGAUCCUUACCCGUUUGGACGAGUUUGAGUACAUCAAGAUGCUCGUCUUCCCUGAGGAGGUUAUCCUCAAGAAACCAGUCGAGGAAUGGCCUAUCUGUGAUUGUUUAAUUUCAUUUCACUCAAAAGGAUUUCCAUUAGAUAAAGCUAUUCAGUAUGAGAAGUUAAGGAAGCCCUAUGUUAUAAACAAUCUACAUAUGCAGUAUGACAUCCAGGAUCGCAGGAAAGUGUAUGCAAUAUUAGAAAAUGAAGGUAUUGAAAUACCCAGGUAUGCUGUUUUAGAUAGAGAUUCGCCAGAUCCAAAACAUCAUGAAUUAGUGGAGUCAGAGGACCAUGUAGAGGUGAAUGGAGUUGUGUUCAACAAACCUUUUGUGGAAAAGCCAGUGUCGGCCGAAGAUCACAAUAUUUAUAUUUACUAUCCCACAUCUGCUGGCGGGGGGAGUCAGCGACUAUUUAGAAAGAUAGGAAGUCGAAGCAGUAUUUAUUCGCCAGAAUCUCGUGUUCGUAAAACUGGAUCUUUUAUAUACGAAGAUUUUAUGCCCACUGAUGGUACAGACGUAAAGGUGUAUACCGUGGGACCCGAUUACGCUCACGCUGAAGCGCGCAAGAGUCCAGCGUUAGAUGGCAAAGUGGAACGUGACUCCGAGGGGAAGGAGAUUAGAUAUCCAGUUAUAUUGUCCAACCAAGAAAAACUCAUAUCACGGAAAGUUUGCUUGGCUUUUAAACAGACAGUUUGCGGGUUCGAUUUGUUACGGGCCAACGGCAAGUCGUUCGUUUGCGACGUUAACGGGUUCUCGUUUGUGAAGAACUCCAACAAAUACUACGACGAUUGCGCUAAGAUACUCGGCAACAUGAUCCUCCGGGAACUGGCGCCCACGCUGCAUAUACCAUGGUCGGUGCCGUUCCAACUUGACGACCCACCUAUAGUGCCGACAACGUUUGGCAAGAUGAUGGAGUUGCGAUGCGUGGUCGGCGUGAUCAGACACGGUGACCGUACUCCCAAGCAGAAGAUGAAAGUAGAAGUACGGCACCCUAGUGUUACCUUUCGCAGGUUCUUCGAGAUAUUCGAGAAGUACGAGGGUUUCAAGCGGGGCCUCGUGAAGCUGAAGAAGCCGAAGCAGCUGCAGGAGAUCCUGGACAUCGCGCGCGCCCUUCUCGCCGACAUACACACGCACCACGCGGACCCCGAGCUGGAGGAGAAGCAGGGCAAGCUGGAACAGCUCAAGAGUGUGCUGGAGAUGUACGGACACUUCUCGGGCAUUAAUCGCAAGGUGCAGUUGAAGUAUCAGCCUCGAGGACGACCGCGCGGGUCUAGCUCCGAUGACGUAGGGUGUGCGGGCGACCCGUCGCUAGUGUUGAUACUGAAGUGGGGCGGGGAGCUGACCCCCGCGGGCCGCAUCCAGGCCGAGGAGCUGGGCCGCAUGUUCCGCUGCAUGUACCCAGGCGGGCAAGGGCGUCACAUACCAGGCGAAGGUGGUACACAAGGUCUCGGUCUUUUACGGCUACACUCCACUUUCCGCCAUGACCUGAAAAUUUACGCAUCUGACGAGGGUCGUGUGCAGAUGACCGCGGCGGCAUUCGCUAAGGGUCUUCUAGCUCUGGAAGGCGAACUCACGCCGAUAUUGGUGCAAAUGGUCAAAUCCGCCAAUACCAAUGGACUUUUAGAUAACGACUGUGAUUCAUCGAAAGUGCAGACUAUGGCUAAGACGCGUCUCCACGAGGCGAUGCAAGUGGACCGGGAUUUCACGGCGGAGGAUUACGCUCUCAUCAACCCGUGUAACUCGCUCAGUAUACAGGCGGCUAUGCAAUUCGUUAAGAACCCGGUGCGAUGCUGCGCGCACGUGCACGAACUCAUACAGCGACUCGUGCGCAUCGUGAUUGUCAAAAAGGACGAUUCCAAGACUAAAGACACUAUACUAUAUCAUGGCGAGACGUGGGAGUUAAUGGGUCGCCGCUGGGGGAAACUAGAGAAGGACUUUUGUCAGAAGAAUAAGACAUUUGACAUAUCAAAGGUCCCGGACAUUUACGAUUGCAUCAAAUAUGACCUGCAGCAUAACCAGCACACGCUUCAGUUCGACCAGGCUGAAGAGUUGUAUAUGUACGCCAAAUAUCUAGCUGAUAUUGUUAUACCACAAGAAUAUGGUUCGACUAUGCAAGAAAAGCUUACGAUAGGACAAGGGAUUUGCACCCCGUUAUUAAAGAAAAUACGCGCCGAUUUACAGAGGAAUAUUGAGGAAUCGGGAGAGGAGACAGUGAAUAGACUAAAUCCUAGGUACAGUCAUGGCGUGUCGAGUCCGGGCCGGCACGUGCGCACGCGCCUGUACUUCACGAGUGAGAGCCACGUGCACUCGUUACUCACAGUACUGCGCUUCGGUGGACUACUCGACGUAUUAAAAGAUGAACAGUGGCGUCGAGCUAUGGAGUACGUGUCUAUGGUGUCGGAGCUCAACUACAUGUCGCAGAUAGUAGUGAUGCUGUAUGAGGACCCCACUAAGGACCCCUGCUCGGAAGAGAGGUUUCACGUAGAGCUCCACUUCAGCCCCGGCGUAAACUGCUGUGUCCAGAAAAAUUUACCGCCCGGCCCCGGUUUCCGUCCUCACAGCCGCAACCAUUCUACUGCCAAUAACUCGAGUUCUUCAGAUGAAGUUAAAUGUAUAGAAGAAGAAAGUGAAGACGACCAGAUGGCUAGUCAGGAGACUUUACAGCCCGACAAUGCCGAUGAAUUAGACAACACGUUUUCGCCUAAAAAGUCUUCCAAAACGAAAAUCAAGUCUUCAGAUCCUAUCCCGAUUUGUAAUCUUCAUUAUACGGUGAGUGGACACGAGGCGUCCACACUAGCGGCGCGUCUUACUGCUGAACUACGAGCACGUAGCCAUGUUGAUGCCGACCAGGGCGAAGAGAAAGAGUUAAAGGAAGUCGAGGAGCCGCCACCCCGAGCCCGCAGCUACGACCAACAUAAGCAGAACAGCGACAACGAAUCGGACGAGACGUCCUCUGGCGGCGGGUUGCGUCACCGAGCUGUGUCGGCACACAGUAACCAAGGGCGGCGGCAGCGGCACAGCAUCGCCGGCCAGAUGAGCUACCUCAAGAUGCUGGGGCUGGCGCGCGCCAAGCUGCCCGGCGCGGCCGCCGCGGGACUGUUCAGCACCGCCGUCAUCUCCGGCUCCAGCUCCGCGCCCAACCUGCGCGUCAUGAUACCAUCCGCCAACCCGGACAACAUAGCGGCGCUGGAAGGUUUCGGCGGUGUGCCCGCCAUCCGUCCGCUGGAGACGUUGCACAACGCGUUGUCGCUGCGCCAACUGGACGCGUUCCUGGAGCGGGUCACCGCCGCGCCGGUGCUGCUGGGCACGCCGCCUGCGCACGCGCAACCCGCGCAGAAGCAGCCCUCGCCCACCAACAGUGUUGGAUGGAGUGGGCCGUCGUCACUCAUGUCUUCUUCUGGCGAGUUGCCCAGCGGAUUGUCUUCUGCCGGACCUUCCUCACCUAAUUCCAACUACGCUUCGGAUCACAAUAAGAGCUCUGACAGGGAUACACAACCUGCCUACGAUAGCAAUUGGAGUAAAAAUGUGCCGAGCAAACUCCCUCAGUGGGACGGUGAGGCGGCCACAUUGUGCGCGUACGACGCAAGCCUGCAUCCAUUCAUGCCGCACAACACAUUAGCAGGUUCAUCUAUUAGUGGCGAUUUGACGCCAGUAUCGUUGGCCUCGGAGCUGGAGUUCAAUAGCAAUGAGGCCACCGCUGGAUCCAUCACGGACCACGACCUUCUUAGUGCCGAGGGCGAAGAUGACGAGGAGACUCUGUCAGCCGACCCCGGUGAAGUUCCAUUGAAAGUAGUGAAAAACGACCUCAGUCCACUCACACUGGCGGGACCGUCCUCUAUCAAAAGCGAUUGCUAUGCACUAUCUAUGAGUACCGCACCUGAUUUUUAUGGACUCAACGCACAACUGACUAAAGAGACAUUUUACAAAGACAUACCAUCCAGUAGUAAAAACUAUAAUAUUAAUACAGAUAUUAAUAAAUGUGUCAAAGGCGACACGAUGAAUUUUUAUGAUAUGGAUUCACAAAAUGUCCAGAAUAAAAAUGGCUCCAAAUGUAAAUAUAUGAAAGAUGAGACGCUGAAUAAUGGCACCAGACGAUAUAGCGAUAACACUACGCAGAAAAGUAACCUUAAUGCACAAGCCGCAGUCGUCGGCAGUAGAUUUACGACUACCCUGGUUUCUGAAGAAAUGUUAAUUACUCCGAGCACAUCGAGUAAGUCAAAUAAUAAUUUCCUCGAUUUAGCAGAAAUCGACCCUAAUGAGCCAUUAGUUACGAAAGCAAAUAAUACGACUGUGAAGCCAGGCUUUACGAUUUCUGAAGAGAGCGGCAAGUAGGUAGAUAAUAAAUCAGUGACAUUAGCAAUAACAUUUUGUAUUUUUAUAUAUAUAUGCCUACUUCUAAUUUUGAUCGUCUUUAUUUUACGUUGUAUUAAGUAGAAAUCAAUCACAAAUAAAGUUCACCUGAUACAUUUUAUGCAAUACUAAUGAAGUUGUUAACUAUUUUGUGUCAAACCAUGGCAAUUUUGUUGUAUGUUAAAAAAAACAAUUUCAAUAUAGCUAUUCUUUUAAAUAUGUAUAUUAUAGUAAAUGAAAUAG